UGUGUGUUGUUCCUGGGUUUGUGUUUACCUGUGCCCCUUUAUGUCUGUCCCUAUUUGUAGAUAUGUCUGUGGCCUGUGGUGUGUCUAAAUAUGCUGUGUCCCUACAGAGUUGCUUGUGAAGUCUGUCUGCCUGUGGUGGUUCGGGAUAUAUUUACACAGAAUGGGAAUCUGUGCCAACCCGAUCGCUCGGUGUCUGUGGCUCCAAACACCUUUGUCAGGGUGUGUGAUUCUGGACAGACACACUUCUAUGGCUGGCUGGCUGGGAGGGGUCCCCUAAACUGUACGGGAUAUUCUGUGCCUGUGUUUCCUUUUCUGAAGACCCAAAUCACGUCUCUGCUCCUUUUUCUCUUUCAUCCCUCCCUUCCCCAACCAUAUCUUCUUUUUUCUCUCCACCUGUUCCCUUUAUCAAGUGGAUCCGGGACCCAGGGAGGGCCGCCCCCCGGGCCUGGUGGCAUUAAGCAGGGCCCCUCAGCCCCCACCUCUUGCCCCACGACAUGAACCUUCUCUACCGAAAAACCAAGCUGGAGUGGAGACAGCACAAAGAAGAGGAGGCCAAACGGAGCUCCAGUAAGGAAGCAGCCCCCACGGGCCCGGUGGGGCCUGGGGCUGUCCCAGGGCCUGGGGUUCGAGUGCGAGACAUUGCCUCGCUUCGACGAUCCCUCAGGAUGGGUUUCAUGACGAUGCCCGCGUCCCAGGAACACACCCCUCACCCCUGCCGCAGCACCAUGGCCCCACGCUCUCUCUCCUGCCACUCGGUGGGCAGCAUGGACAGUGUCGGUGGUGGGCCUGGGGGAGGGCUCACGGAGGACAGCAGCACCCGGAGACCCCCAGCUAAGCCCCGGAGACACCCCAGCACCAAGCUCAGCAUGGCAGGACCAGGGGCAGAGACGCCGCCAAGUAAGAAAGCAGGCUCCCAGAAGCCAACUCCUGAGUGCCGUGAGCCCAGCCGGAAGGUUCCCCCACAGAAACCCAGGCGAAGCCCUAAUACCCAGCUGUCUGUGUCCUUUGAUGAGUCUUGUGCCCCAGCCCCAUCUCCUCGAGGGGGGAACCUGCCCCUGCAACGCCUCAGUAGGGCUUCUCGAAUAACUGGAGACCUGGAUGCGGGGGCCCAGGAAGAAGAGCCGGUGUACAUUGAGAUGGUAGGGGAUGUCUUUCGAGGAGGAGGAGGAGGAGGAGGACGAAGUGGAGGAGGCCUGGCGGGACCUCCUCUUGGAAGUGGAGGCCCGACCCCUCCAGCUGCUGCGGAUUCGGACUCUGAAGACAGUGAGGCUAUAUAUGAAGAGAUGAAGUAUCCCUUGCCAGAAGAGGCAGGAGAUGGCAGGGCCAACGGGCCUCCUCCAUUGAUGGCACCCUCCCCUCCACAACAGCCUCAUAUCCUCCAGCCUCACCCCCACCCCCAUCGCCGGCCAGCUUCAGCCCUCCCAAGCCGGAGGGAUGGGACACCCACCAAGACCACUCCUUGUGAAAUACCCCCACCCUUUCCCAACCUCCUUCAGCACCGGCCUCCACUUCUGGCCUUCCCUCAAGCCAAGUCUGCUUCCCGAGGCCCUGGCGAUGGGGUCUCGAGGCUACCGGUCCUCUGCCACUCCAAGGAGCCAGCUGGUUCUGCCCCAGCUCCCCAAGUGCCUGCACGAGAGCGGGAGACGCCUCCCCUGCCGCCUCCGCCUCCUGCUGCCAACCUGCUAUUGCUGGGACCAUCAGGCCGAGCCCGGAGCCACUCAACACCGUUGCCACCCCAGGGCUCUGGCCAGACCAGGGGAGAACGGGAACUCCCCAACUCUCACAGCAUGAUCUGCCCCAAGGCAGCAGGGGUACCGGCAGCCCACCCCGCCCCAGCUGCCUUGCUUCCCGGCCCUCCCAAGGACAAGGCCGUGUCAUACACUAUGGUGUAUUCUGCGGUAAAAGUGACCACACAUUCGGUCCUGCCAGCUGGUCCACCCCUGGGUGUUGGAGAGCCAAAGACAGAGGAAAUUUCAGUUCUUCAUGGAAUGCUGUGUGCCAGUUCGAGGCCCCCUGUCCCAGGGAAAUCCAGCCCCCAUAGCGGGGCUAUGGGUUCAGCAGCUGGGGUCCUCCACCACCGCAGCUGCCUGGCCUCCCCCCACAGCCUUCCGGAUCCAACUGCAGGCUCCCUGACUCCCCUCUGGACCUACCCAGCCACAGCAGCUGGACUCAAGAGACCCCCUGCCUAUGACAGUCUCAAGGCUGGGGGGGUGCUGAAUAAGGGCUGUGGAAUGGGGGCACCGUCCCCCAUGGUCAAGAUCCAGCUGCAAGAGCAAGGGACUGAUGGGGGUGCCUUUGCCAGCAUCUCCUGUGCCCAUGUCAUUGCCAGUGCGGGGACACCGGAAGAGGAAGAAGAGAUGGGUGCCACAUUUGGGGCAGGCUGGGCUCUGCAGAGGAAGGUCCUGUAUGGAGGACGAAAGGCAAAGGAAGUGGACAAAGAGGACGGUGCCCGAGCCUGGAAUGGCAGUACAGAAGGUCCAGGCAAAGUCGAACAUGAGGACAGGGGCUCUGUACCAUCAGGGAUUCCUGUGAGGAGCCAGGGGGCAGAGGGUCUGCUGGCCAGGAUCCACCAUGAUCGAGGAGGGAGCCGCACAGCGCUGCCUGUCCCUUGCCAGACUUUCCCAGCCUGCCACCGGAAUGGAGAUUUCACAGGAGGGUACCGCCUGGGCCGUUCUGCCUCCACCUCUGGAGUCCGUCAGGCUGCGCUCCAUACCCCGAGGCCCUGCAGCCAGCCCAGGGAUGCCCUGAGCCAGGUGAGAUCUGGUCUUGUUUUGUCUUUGGAGAAACAGAUAGAAAAGAAGCCCCGCAAGUCCGGUACCCCGCCCUGCCGGCGGCAGCACACGGUCCUCUGGGACACUGCCAUCUGAGGAAUACAGGGGCGGCUGGGACGCCUGGAUUGGGAGGGGAGGGGCCUGCCUAGGUCUCCUUGAGGCUUGAGAGACGGAGGAAGUAGGAGAAAGUUCCUACUAGGCCAUCAUGGGGGCUUGGGGUGCCAGCAGCAGCCCAAGCGAUUUGGGGGAGGAGGAGGGUUUGCUUGAUGUUGGAAGGAAGGGUCUAAGUGUGUAGACUCCUCUUGCGGUGAAGGCCAAGGUGGACAUCUCUAUGGGGUAAGGAGGGAAGGGUUUGGAAGAAGCGGGGUGGGGCAUAUAGGAGUCUGACUGGCAUAACAGGGAAACUCGCUCUUUUAUUGAGAGCCAGGGGAGUGGGAAGGGUAAUUUAUUUUGCUAUUUAUUUUAGUCUGGAGGGCAAUUCUGGGCCCUUCUGACCUACUCCUGAGCAGGAGGUGGAGAACCAAGGCUAAAUUUUCACUCUCCCCAAGGUCAAUGCCUAAAGACCUCUGCCAUCCUUGCCCGGUCAAAGGGAGGGAGGGAUGUGGCUGCUUCCGGAGCAGAGUCAGAAGGCAGAGAGGCCCGGACAGUGACAGUAUUUAUAGUUUUCCCAGAAUUUGGUAGUGAGUGUGGUCUGCUGUAAAACAGGCAUUUUAUUUAGUUCUGGGGUAAGGGUCUA